GCGCUAGCUUGUAUGCUAGCAGCUAGCCGUCGGUUAGCAUCUCCACGGACGUUGACUGCCCAACAACACGGAAACAAACCCCGGCAGAGCUUCUCUUCCAGCGGGACGUUUUCAGCGGCACUGACGGCCUCCCUUCUACCGCUUCUACACCCGGCUGUUCCCGCUUCUCCGUCCUCCUGGUCUCGUCAAAGCCCAAACAUGUCGGCGGUGCAGCGGAUGAAGGUGGCGAACGAGAGGCACAGCAAGACCAUCACACAGCGGGGACACGUCCAGAAAACAUCGCGGCCUGUAAACGAGGAGAAGUCUCCGGUGGGUCCGUGGCUGCUCGCUCUCUUCGUCUUCGUGGUUUGUGGAUCAGCCAUCUUCCAGAUCAUCCAGAGCAUCAGACAGGGAAUGUGAUGACCUCCAGCCUGAGCCGAGCCUAUCACACGGAGGGGGGCGGGGCAUGUGGCCAUUAUGACUCCGCCCUCCACACCUUUACACACACCCACACACUCACUCACACACACUGACUCGUUCCUGUGGAGUUAAAUCUGAGCUGUUUUCUUUUUUUUUUACUUCCUUCCUUGUUGAUGAAGCUGAUUGGUUAUUGAUUAUUGAUGGUUUGUCUGAUGAAGUCUUAACUCUGCCUCCUGUCGGUCUGUCUGCUGCUUUGAUUGGAGCUCAUGUUUGUUUAUUUUCUGACCUGAGAUCAGCUGAGAGGACUCUUGGAUUUAAAGGAGCAGACCGCUGUUUUUACCCAUCAUUCCCUUUAUCACCGUCACGUUCUUCAUCUGUCUGAUGAUGACUCUGCACGAUGGAAAACCCAGAGCAGAACACUCCUGUAAACAGGGCUGUCAUUGGUUGAUCCUAGUCCAAUCAAAUCAAUCCAUCCUUAUCUGAUAGUUUCACGACAGAAAUGGAAGUCCUGAACACUGUCAUUGGCUCAUUUCUUUAUUUCAGUCAUAAAUCACCAGAGAACUCCUGAACAGCGUGUCCUAACAGCAAACAUCAGCCAAUAAAUCUGCUCAGUUCA